UGCCACUUCGCCGGCCAAACAGCAUGGUACCCCAGCAAUGGGGAGCUCAAAGGCCGAGAGCGUCCAGCUUUAGCUCCUUAAUUGUACUUCGGUAACCAUAGUAGCAGUCCUGAUAUUUCUGUGAGUUUUUCGUGAUUUUUUUACCAGUUUCCGUCGCACAUCGUUAGGCACUUCAAUCUCUCUGUUCCCACAUCAUUAUGUCACCUGCGCAUAUCAUCGAAGGUCUGGACGUCGAUGGGAUAUCCAGCCAGGAUGUUGUCGUUGUUGGAGCAGGACCUGCUGGGUUGAUGCUGGCAGCCAACUUGGUUCGCUUUGGCAUCAAGACGACAGUCCUCGACGAUAGAGCAGAUAAGACAUCUACAGGACGAGCGGAUGGGCUGCAACCAAAGUCGAUCGAGACCUUGAAACAAAUGCGCCUUGCGGACUCGCUUCUGCAGCGAGGAGUCCGCAUCCACGACAUCUGCUUCUGGAGUUCUAAUAAAGACAAGCACCUUCAAAGGACGGAAAGGACUGAGCACUUCCCACCCAUGGUAGAUCUUCUGGACCCCUAUAUUCUUCUGGUACAUCAAGGCAUGGUCGAAGACGUAUUUCUUCAAGACAUGCAAACUAGAGGUGUGGAAGUCACUCGAAGCUCCCCAUUUGUAAAGUACAGAAACCAUGGAUCUGGCAUUGCUCUAGAUGUCUUCAGCCGCUCGAGCAUGACUGGAAAGGAAAGGCUGUGGCAGACAAAGUAUCUUGUCGGCUGCGACGGCGCCCAUUCACAAGUUCGCAAGUCAAUUCCCGAGAUCAAGGCGGAGGGCUCCUCGUCUGAAGCUAUUUGGGGUGUGCUAGAUGGUGUCAUCGAAACCGACUUUCCCGACCUAUGGAGCAAAGUUGUUGUCUACUCAGAAGAGGCUGGCAAUGUUCUCUGUAUACCUCGAGAGCGAAACAUGACCAGACUGUACAUCGAGCUGCGUCCCGAGUCUGAUGCGCCGAUGGACAAAGCAAGAGCAAAUCAGGAAUUCGUGAUGGAAAGAGCCAGACAGAUCAUGGCGCCCUAUAGCCUGUCGUGGAAGAGCGUGGAAUGGUUCGGCAUCUACCAGAUUGGCCAACGGGUGGCAAAUCGCUUCACAGACGAGGCUAGACGUGUAUUCAUUGCAGGAGACGCAAGUCACACUCACUCGCCCAAAGCAGCACAAGGCAUGAACACAUCUAUGCAUGAUUCGUUCAACCUCGCCUGGAAGCUCAAUCUUGCUGUUCGUGGACUCGCUAAGCCAUGUCUAAUGGAAACGUACGAACAUGAACGCCGCAAGAUUGCUCAAGAUCUGAUCAACUUCGAUUAUGAGCACGCCAAUGCGUUCCAUGAUGGAGACGCAAAGGCUCUGGCACGCAACUUCUUGACCAAUGUUCGCUUCAUCUCUGGAGUUGGUGCCGAGUACGGCUCGAACGCAUUGAAUUGGACUUCCGAGCCCUCUAGAGGUGCAAAGCCUGGAUGUCUGCUGCCUCCUGCCAGGCUCACUCGUUAUCUCGAUGCGAACCCCGUAGAUGCCCAGCUCGACAUUCCCAUCCUAGGACAGUUCCGAACUUACUUUAUUUGCAAGGAUGUCCACCGAUCAAAAGGUUUCAUGGAGUCUGUUUGCGCGCAUCUCUCAUCUCAAAGGUCUGUCCUUGGUCGAGCCACGACAGCACUGGAAGCAUCUUACAAGGAUCAAGCACCGGCAGCAACUGAGUCGGACUCCUAUAUUCAACCGCAGCGCUAUGUUACAGCCAGUCGUGUGUCUACUUUCUGCCUUGUCACUUCUACAUCGAAGGCAAAUUUCGAGAUUGCUGAUCUGCCUCCCGUGCUCCAAGCGAGUAAGUGGACCAUCUACCUGGACGACGUGCCUUCUCAAGAUACUCGCGGUCAGCACUGCAUCGACAAGUGGGUUGGACAAGUUGCUGAUGACGAAGUCGCUUUGCUGAUUGUGCGACCCGAUGGCUACGUUGGUGCUGCAAAGUUGUGGUCAAGCAGCGAACAAAGUGCUGCGGCGACCUCAACGUGGUCGGAUGAUUAUUUUGGAAGCUUUCUUAUUUGCUAGAUAAUUUCACCUUG